CUCUUUUCUGCUCGGUCGAUGCGUGCCAGUUCAGCCUUCUCUCCGCUCGGAAUUUCUCCUUUUUGCAAUACUGUACAUCCAAACGACACCUUGGCCAUCACAAGUCAAGGGCUCAGCCAUCGCCAUGGAGAAGUAUGAGAAGAUGGGGAAGAUCGGGGAGGGGUCCUACGGCGUCGUCUUCAAGUGCAGGAACAGGGACACGGGACAGAUCGUUGCCAUCAAGAAGUUUGUGGAGACGGAAGAUGAUCCCAUCAUUAAGAAGAUCGCUCUGAGAGAGAUUAGGAUGCUGAAGCAACUAAAGCAUUCCAACCUGGUAAACCUGAUUGAGGUGUUCAGACGUAAAAGGAAGCUGCACCUGGUGUUUGAGUACUGUGACCACACCGUCCUCAACGAGCUGGACCGAUACCCCAGAGGUGUUCCAGAACACCUGGUAAAAAGCAUCACCUGGCAGACACUCCAGGCUGUCAACUUCUGUCAUAAACAGAACUGCAUCCACAGAGACGUGAAGCCGGAGAACAUCCUAAUCACUAAACAGCAGGUCAUUAAGCUCUGUGACUUCGGAUUCGCCAGGAUCCUCACCGGUCCAUGUGAUUACUACACGGACUAUGUAGCAACGCGGUGGUACCGGGCCCCUGAGCUGCUAGUGGGUGAUACUCAGUAUGGAGCCCCUGUUGACGUCUGGGCGCUGGGCUGUGUCUUCUCUGAGCUGCUCUCUGGCGCCCCCCUCUGGCCCGGCAAGUCAGACAUGGACCAGCUCUACCUCAUCAGGAAGACACUGGGAGACCUGAUCCCCCGCCACCAGCAGGUAUUCAGUAAAAACCAGUUCUUCAGUGGAGUGUGUAUCCCAGAGCCUCAGGAGAUGGAAUCUCUGGAACUGAAAUACCCCAACCUGUCAUAUCAAGCACUGAGUCUGAUGAAGGGCUGCCUGCGUAUGGACCCGUCGGAGCGGCUGACCUGUGAGCAGCUUCUGGAGCAGCCGUACUUCGACAGCCAACGGGAGGAGAGCGAGAGCACCGGCCGGGAACAUGACCGCUCCACCAAGAGGAGAUCACACCUCCUGCCCCGUAAACACCUCCCACCUGGGAUCUGUAAGGUGGAACUUGGAAGCAAUAUGGUGGAAGCUCCACGCAAAUUGGGACCAGCUGUCAGAGAUGGCAAAAUGCUGUCCAAACAGUUAAAGUAUUUGCCUCAGCUCACCAGCAGCAGUAUCUUCCCAGCUCUGGACAACAAGAAGUACUACACCAACCUGAGGAAAUUCAACUACCACUUCCCUAACAUCUAAACCAAACAUUUAGGAUCUGAAUGGUCCAGUCGAAUAUUCAUCAACAUAUACCGUGUUCACAUGCUAGUCGGAACUAGGAAACUGACAUUUCCAACUUGCUAACUGGUUGUAGUUAUACACGUGCCGCGUUCAACGAAUCAGAAAGUGGGACAUUUCCUAGUUCCGACUAGCAUGUGAAUGCGGCAAUAUUCUGGUCAGCUCAGGAACCAGGAAGUGAAUCACAAUGUGGAAGGAAGGCAGCUGAUUGGUUCUAAAGCUAUGGGAUUGGUUGAACCAAGUUUUUGAUUAGCGGGGGAAGGACAGGGAGAGUCCUUGUGUCUUGUGAUGUCAUUCUAUGCACUAUGUCAACAUUUUUUUCUACUGAAAGACAAUUUUAUUAUGUGGUGUUGCCUCCAUUGAAGGCGUAUUUUGUAUAUCUAAAUAUGAUAAGGAGCAGCCUAGUGCUCAGCUGGUAGAUGGAGGUCGACUUCCAUGCAGACUACGUUGCAUUACAUCAACCAAUGGUUGCACGCUGUCACGUCAUCGACUGUGUCGUCUGCCACCAGAUUGCUAUAACAUAUGAUGUGGUUAUCCCGAUACGUAAAAUACCUAUCCAGACAUUGUGAGAUCUGGCAGGCGUCUGCAAUGUAGUCAACCUGGAACACGGACAGAUAGCACCAUAGCAUACUGCCUUGACUGGUUUGCCAAAUGUUAUUUGUUUGUGUUUUUUUUUUUUAUAAUGAGUUGAGACAGUGACAUUUUUGGUAGUGAAUUGAUUUGCAUUUUGUUAAAUAUUGAUUGUCUCAUAAGUAGGUUUGAGUCAUUUGUAAAGAGGAGAAGAGAAGAUGGAUAUCAGCCCAGCUUUAUUUUUAUUUGACAGAAAUUAUGUUUAUAAAGCAGAUGUCUGAAGUGGUCAGAUCAACCUCAAUGUAGCCUUAUGGAUUGUGACAGUGGAUUAAAUAAAAAUAAGGGUUCUAUUCAGUCUAGAUCUCUGAAGGGUUAACAGAUUCUGCGCUAUAGACUGAACAAAAAUAUAAAAACGCAACAUGUAAAAAGUGUUGGUCCCAUGUUUCAUGAACUGAAAUAAAUGAGCCCAGAAAUGUCUCAUACGCACAAAGAAGCUUAUUUAUCUUAUAUUGUGGGCACAGAUGUGUUUAAAUCUCUGUUAGUGAGCAUUUAUCAUUUGCCAAGAUAAUCCAUUCACCUGACAGGUGUGGCAUAUCAAGAAGUUGAUU